GACAGCACUCGCAGCAGUCGCAGGCUCCGCACAUUCAGUAAGAUCGUGACUAUCCUCCUUGAAUACUUUGCCCGCCCGAGAGGAUCCCCUAACAGAAACAUAUACUUGCAGCAGCACUUGCAUCGGUAACAGAAUGCCCAAGUCAAAGGAAGUUCUGUCUUCAUCGUCUGGCAGUGACUCCGAUAGUGAGGUUGACACUAAGGCUAAGAGGAAGAGGCCGGUGACUCCAGAGAAGCCAGCAAAGAAACAGAAGGGUGGCGAAAGCUCCAGAGUGGGCGGGGCCUCCAAAAGCAGCAGCAAAGAUGACAAAGAUGACAAAGAUGACAACAUGUUUCAGAUUGGAAAAAUGAGGUACGCGAGUGUACGGAACUUUAAAGGCAAAGUUCUGAUUGACAUCCGUGAGUACUGGAUGGACCAGGACGGAGAGAUGAAGCCAGGGAGGAAAGGCAUCUCCCUGAACCCGGAGCAGUGGAGCCAGCUGAAGGAUCAGAUCUCUGAGAUUGACGAUGCUGUGAAGAGGACAUAAGAUGUCUGCUUACUUCAGAUGCCUGGCAUAGUGUUUUUUUAAACUCUUUAAACAACCUUUUUCCAUUAUUGUUUCAUAUGUUUUAUAAAGGAAGACCCAUUUUUAAAUAAUGACCAGGACCACAUUGUGUAUAUUUUUAGCUCAGUAUUUUGUUUAUUUGAGCUGUUUGUUGCAACUGUCAUUGUAAAUCAUGAUUUUUAAUUGUUUAAGGGACCUGAAUGGUAGUGGGCUAUAUUGGGUGGGCUAUAUAGGGUUUCAUUGGGGUGGGUUAGGACCAAUAAAGCCAAUAGGGGUUUUACCGA